AUGGACAUCCAUGUCUAUUGUCCAAUCAAGAAUAUUCCUAUGCAACAUAGCAGUUCAGCAGAUCCUGCUGCUUCCACCUCUAAAUCUCUUGCUAAGCUGCUUGUUUCCAAGAGCCUGUCAUCUGAUGAUCAUCUUGAGUCUGUAGUCUCUGACUCUGAGGAAUGCUCAAGGGAUAACAUAUAUACCAUCAAGAAAAUUCUCUUUGUGAGUCAGGGCCUCAUUGGCCAUGGGACUAUCUGCUAUCUGGCCAGUUGGAAUGAAGAGGACUAUAUUGUCAAGGACCAUUGGGUUCUUGGCAAGCAGGACGACAUCAUCUUGAACAAGAUUGAGAUACUAAAAUUGAUGCAUGGUGUCCCUGGUGUUCUGGAACUGGUAGAUUAUUGGCUUAUCACAACAUCAGAGGGUGAGGUCAACAACACUCAAAGUUAUCACAAAAGAGAAUGCCAGAGUAUGCAGGGCACAAGUUGUACUCAUGUCCGCCUUAUCUUAAAACUAUGUGCUUGCCCCCUCCACAUAUUUCAAAUGCUCAAAGAGUUGGCAAGAGUGCUAAGGGAUAUUGUGAUCAUCCAGAAAAUGGUAGUGGAGGAGUGCAAGAUUCUGCAUCGUGAUUGCAACCUGAAUAAUGCAAUGAUCCUGGGCAAUCUAGAUAUUAGCAAGGGGUUCCUUAUUGACUGGGAAUUUGCAGUACAUAUUACUGCAGAUAAUAAAUAUACCAUUGGUGGUACAGGCACAGUCCCCAUCAUGUCAUGCAGGCUUCUCAGCCAAGUUUCACUCCUGCAGCAACAGGCAAAGGCAGAAGCUGAGAACAAAAAGCUAUCAAAAACUCACAAGUCGAAAUUGAAGAAAACUCCAGCACCAAAAACCUCCUUGGAUUCUUUGGCAUUGCCUGUUUCUCAUGUGACCCAAGUCCAUCAGGAGCAUAUGUCUAAUUCAUUGCUCAAUCACUGGACCAGCCUUGACCUGGCAUCAUGUGCUGCCUUCAAGAUUGCCUUCUUCAUGAACCCAUUGGAUGAAGAACAUCUUCUUAAUAAAUUUCACCUGUACUUCAAGCCUCUCAUCUCCCUGGCAAAAGAUUGGUGUGCAGUGUUGAAGGAUAACAUGGUUCACCCUGUUACCUUUGACACCAUUCUUCACAUACUCAACACUCAUCUCAAUCAACUUCCUGAUGAUGAGGAGCUUCAAUCUACUAUGGCAAUGCUGAAAAAGUCUGCCACUGUUCUCAAUAGUACAUCCAACUUGAAAUGUGCUGCUUCAAUAUCUUUGCAGCCUGUGGGCCAGGGAACACUAAAGUGGAAGAAAUUGGAUGAUAUCUGA